AUGCGUCAUCCCUUAUUCAACACGUCACCACGCCCCGCCGAAGAAUCCCACCGCGGAGUCCGCACCUCAUCCGCUGCGAUUCUGCGAUUCUUCUUGUGCCCAUGGCAAUGCACAUUUCAGGAAAUGGCGAGGAGGGAGGGCGCGCUGCACGUCCGCAUACCCGCGCCGGGCUUCUUCCAACGCGGCGCCGUCGGCUGGAUCAUGUGCCUCCUCGCGCCUCUUUUCGUGAGCACCUCCUUCAACCCUCACCCAUCGGACCGCCCUUAUCCCGCGUCCUUCGGUGCCGUUGAUACUGGCAGUGGCGGCGUCAUUCUUCUUCAUCGGCACCUUCUGGCUCCUCCUCGGCAUCGCCAUGUGAGCGCGCCCUACCGCAUCACCAUCACCAUCUACAUUGCACCGCCCCAUCCCUCCUGCAGCGCCCCUCAUAAUCGAUCCCACUCGCAUCAACAUUUCGCUUUGCAUUCCUUCCAUUCCAUGAUUGCUUCUUCUGUCAAUGCCUCUUCUAUCUGCUUCCCGCCCAUCUCACAUGCUGCACCCCCCAUUCGUUCCAACCCUCUCAGAUCCACCAUCUCGUGGGUGGGCGUGGCGACGCGCAGGGAGAGCGUCACGUUGGGCCCCGACGCCUUCUCCAUCGUGCACACGCGCUACGGCGUGUCCAAGAAGCGCGAGGACAGCACGCACCUCAUCCACUCCAUCCUCGUCGUCGAUCGCAACGCUCCGCGCCCGCAAUCCACAACGGCUCCCGGCAUUCCCGUCCCGGGUCCUACUCCCCCCACUGCAGCCGCUCCUGCUGCCGCCAGUGGAAGCGCACCCACUGCCCGGCGUGGUCCCGCCGCAGCUGCUGCCGCCACCGCUAAUGCCCGCGCGCGGGAGACACCAGCAGAGCCUCCGGAGCUUGUGUGUGUGUUUGCGCUGCCGGGCACAGUGCAUAGGUUCGGCGCGAACCUGAGUGAUGCGGAGAAGUACUGGGUGGUGGGUGAACUGGCGUAUUACUUGCAGAGCGUGCGCUUGCACCCGGCACAGCAGAAUGUAUGA